ACAACUUUAUUCCUGAAUUAGAAAAGAUAAGAUCGAUUUAUCUUAUUAAUUGUAUUUAUUUUAUUACACAAUAUCAUUUCUGUAAUUAUAUCACAAUAUUUAUGCAUGCAGGUAUUUUGAUAUUUCUAGCAUGUAUAAAUAUAUUCUAUAUUAUUUAAGCAUUAAUUAUAUACAUUACUUUAUUCUAUAUUUUGUGUGCAGUUAAAGUUAUUCUUUUUUUAGUUCAUUUGUUGUUUUUUUUGGAUGGUUGUGUGCGCAUGCUGGUUUUCGUGAAGCCGACAGGGGGCGCACACACACACACACACACACACACACACACACACACGCACGAGCGCACGGACGGACGGACGCGCACACAUACACACGCGCGCGCAGUGUGGGAGGCAGCGCGAGCUGAUGCUGUACCGGAGGAUUUCGGGGUUUACCCGGUGCCCGCGCGUUUUUUUUCUUUUUAUCGGUAAAAUAAAUAAAUAAAUGUACUUUAAUAUUAUAAGAUCCUCCGACUGAAUAUUAUUCCCGGUAAUCGGUAAUGGAGGAGGAGGAGAACGGGCCUGUGUCGCUCGUCGUGAUCGUUUAAAAAGAGAAGAGAAGAGAAGGAGAGAGAAGAGAAGGAGAGAGAAGAGAAGGAGAGAGAAGAGAAGAGAGAGAGAGAAGAAGAGAGAAGAAAAGAGGAGAGAAGAAGAGAGAAGAGAAGGAGAGAGAAGAGAAGAGAAGAGAAGAGAAGAGAAGAGAAGCAUCAUAUCCGCUCCCACUGUAAAUAAAUGAUUUUGGAGCUGGCAGCUCCGGCAAGUGCAGGCCCGCUGCUGCAGCGCUCCAUCCCGCACAUCGAGCGCGUUUUUCGGGUCAGGGUGAGCUGCAGCGCCGCCGACACCCACACACACACCCACACGCGUGCGCGCACACGCAUCCACAACGGGACCGGGACCGGGACACACACCGACACCAGGACCCACACCGGGUCCGACACCGAGCCCAGGAGUGAGCCGCAGCCCGGCGGCGUUGUGGUCGUGAUCAUCCAGGAUGGUACGGAGGAAGACUGCAGCAGGGCUAAAAACUACAUUGUGUCUCUGAUCUCUCCGGCUCAGAGACAUCAUGAGCGUUUGACCCUGUGGCUCCAACGUCGUUUCCACGAGCCCGAGAGCUCCGAGGCCCGAGAUCAUGCGCCCAAGCUGAUGGAGGACGAGGAAGGAGAGGAAGAAGGGAGUAGCUCGGAGAGUGAAGGAGAGAGACGGAGUGCAGGAAGAGGAGGAGGAGGAAGAGCAAGGAAAUCCGAACUGAUGAUGGGGACUAAACCUCACCGGCAGCUAUGCCGCUCUCCGUGUCUGGACCGUCCGAGUUUUAGCCAGAGCAGCACGCUACAGGAACUGCGCACUGACGAUUCUCCGGCCACUCCCACUUCCUCAUCGCUGGCUCCACCCAUUCAGUUGAUGAGCCACACACCUUCUGAUCGGGACUACCAAAGCAAAAUGGAGUUUGCGCUGAAACUCGGGUACUCCGGCGAGCAGGUGGAGGCCGUGCUGAGCAAACUGGGUCCGAGCGCGCUCACUAACGACGUCCUGGCCGAACUCGUGCGACUCGGGAAUCGAGGAGAAAUCGAGGCACAAACGCAGACGCAGACGUCUGCUGGAUUAACGCCGGCUGGUUUAGCGCUAAGCCCGCGUGGCUCUGGGGCGAAGGAAUCCGUGAGUCCAGAAGCAUCACUCGAGGAGGAGACAAACGACACGUAUGACAACCUCCGACCCAUCGUUAUAGAUGGAUCCAACGUGGCCAUGAGCCAUGGAAACAAAGAGGUUUUCUCAUGCCUGGGCAUCCAGUUGGCGGUCGACUGGUUCCUGGAGCGAGGACACAAAGACAUUACGGUGUUUGUACCGGCGUGGAGGAAAGAGCAGUCCCGACCCGAUGCUCCAAUAACUGAUCAGGAAAUCCUGAGAAAGUUGGAGAAAGAGAAAAUCCUCGUCUUCACUCCUUCUCGCCGGGUCCAGGGACGACGUGUGGUCUGUUACGAUGAUCGUUUUAUCGUUAAAUUGGCGUGUGAUUCCGACGGCAUCAUCGUGUCGAACGAUAACUAUAGAGAUCUGCAGAAUGAAAAACCAGAGUGGAAAAAGUUCAUCGAGGAACGGCUGCUCAUGUACAGUUUUGUCAAUGACAAGUUUAUGCCACCGGAUGACCCACUAGGCCGACAUGGACCAAGCCUGGAAAACUUCCUUCGUAAGCGUCCUGUCGUCCCGGAGCACAAAAAGCAACCGUGUCCUUACGGUCAGUACAGCAAAUGUAAGAAGUGUACGUAUGGCCACAAGUGUAAGUACUACCACCCGGAGAGAGCAGCGCAGCCGAUACGAUCCGUCGCAGACGAACUCCGAGCUUUCGCCAAGCUGUCUGCGGUCAAGACCAUGAGCGAAGGUGCUCUCGCAAAAUGCGGCAUUUCUGGCACCAUCACGAAAGGAGACUGUUCUGAGGUGAAGCGGGUGGCGCCGAAACGUCAGUCGGACCCCAGCAUUCGUUCUGUGGGUUGUGAGCAGGAGGAGCGACUCUGUCCAGCUCGGAAAUCCGAAGCAAACUCGGUUCCAUCUUUAGUGACAGCUCUCAGCGUCCCAACCAUGCCUCCGACAAAAAGUCACGCAGCCGGGGCAUUAAACACUCGUUCGGCUAGUAGCCCAGUACCAGGGUCGCUUCACUUCACCCACAGCUCACUAGAACAUGCCGGAAGCAUCCAAUACCCUCCAAUAUUGGUCACCAACAGCCAGGGUGCAUCCGUGGCAUACAGUGAACCCUUUCCCAAAUAUGAUUCCGUAGUUAGCGACCAUGGAUACUAUUCAAUGCUGAGCGAUUUCUCCACUUUAAGCUUAGGAAGCAUGCAAGACAGCUUCUGUAGCUUAGAACAGCCAGAUCCAGUUGGAGUCGGAGGAGGGUAUCCUGGUCGAGCUUCCAGCAUUUGUCCUGAAUCUGGACGCAGCCACUCUUCGGACUCCUUCUCCUCCUACAGUGGAGAGAUGUAUUCCAUGGAAGGUAGCAUGGAUGAUGGGAUGAAGAUUCCACCAUCUGCUCAAUCCCAAGUGCAAUCCCAGGUACAGUCUCGUUUGCAAGCUUUUGCUCAUGGGUUCCACCAUGAGGCUUUGACCAGAGUCCAAAGUUACGGCACGGAUGAACCCAAACCGGGGCCACGCAAACAAACCUCGGCCCAUCUUGUGCCUCACACGCAGCAUCAGGUGAUUGGAGCUCGAUCCAGUUGCCCCGGUGACUAUCCUCUGCUUCCCCAGAAUGUGUUGCCUUCGUCCGUUCCUGCUCAGCCAGGCAGAUCUUUGGGAAUGACACGAAUGGACAGCAUUUCAGAUUCCCGUCUUUAUGAAAGUAACCCUCUCCGACAGCGUCGCCCCCCUCUGUGUCGAGAGCAACAUGCCAGCUGGGAUCCUUUGCCAUGUGGGAAUGAGCCUUACGGGUAUGGAGGGUACGGGCUGACGGGAGGACUCAUGCCCUGCUGUGAAAGAGUGAUGGUCCGGAGUAUGCCAGAAAAAAUGGAACAGAUUUGGAGGUCACCGUGGGAUAUGUCACCAGGACCUCAUGGACUGGUGGAACCACAGGAGCGACACCCGAUCCCUGAACACCAGUACCAGACAUAUCGAAACCUCUGCAAUAUCUUCCCAGCAUACGUAGUCCAUUCGGUCAUGGAGAAGAAUCCUCAUAUGACGGAUCCUCAGCAGCUAGCAGCAGUUAUUGUAACGAAACUACGUUCCUGUCAUUGAGCAAGCAAAAGGGGAAGCAACGCAACGUUUUCAAAGAUUUCUCUUUUCUUUCUUUCAAUUUCAUAAUCGGAUCUACGCAACCAGUCCCUUGAAAAAUAUCAACCCUUUUCUUCCGAAUGAUCCUCCUAUAUUGCAACAUAAUUCUUUCCUGUGCAUAAGGAAAAGAAUUAGCAAUGCUACAUGAGGUAUGGAUGAUGGUCGGUUGAUCCAUGUGAUGUGAUAGUUAGUCCAAGUUAAAGAAACCAUCCAUUGGAGAAUGAAGCGAUUCCGUUGCUUGAUGUUGUUUACAAUGUAAUUCCCAAAUUUUGGCAUAUCAGUAUAGCAGUUUUUUUAUUUACUGUAUUUCGCCUUGAUGAUAGCUGGAGUACCUGAACACGUUGCAGCUAAGCUAAUGCGCAAAUGUCCCCUUUGUGAAAACUAAAGCAACAACCAGAGAGCAAUUAUUCUCUGGCAAAUAUCGUCUCAUAUUAAUUGCAUUUUAGCAUUCAAUUGAAUUCUUGAAAGAAAAAAACAAAACCCUUGUAGGGAAACGCUGAUCAGAAAUGAUUGUGAUCCGAGUACAAUGACGUAUUGUCUUGCACCAGUGUAAAUAUUGUGACUGUGCGUUUAUUCUCUUUUCUUUUUCUUUUCUGGUUAUGUAAAAUACGUGAAUAUUUUCCGAAAGGAGCGUAAACUCUGGAGUACCUCAAAGCAUGAACUUUGACCUUUUGAAACUUUUAUGGCCUUACAUCAUGUGACCUCACCACAAGUGUGUUAACGUGGUUAUAUAUCAAUAUAUAAAUAUAAAUAUAUAUUUUUUUCUGAUGGUUGUCGAGGUCACCGUUCGUGUUUAGUAUUUAAGCACUAGCGGUAAUUUAGAGCAAAUAUUUUCCUGUUCUUAGCGAUAUACCACUUCACGAAGACUACCUUGGUAUUCGUAGUGAAACAACGCCGACCUGCCAAAAAAACCGAAAUCAAACAAACAAACGGCAUCCCAGUUUCCUCACUCGCACUACGCCAUUUUAAAGGAUUCCUUCAUGCUGCUUACGCAAGGCCAAAAAGAUAAUUAAUGUGUUUAUAUAUGCUGUUUGACGUGUUUGUUGUGCUGUAGCUUUUACAAAAUCUAGAAACUUUCUGGGGUUGAAUGAUUUACGUGGUCUUUGAAGUCUGUUUCGGUAACAGCUGCGUAUUUGACCAAAUUGACGCGUUUCUCCAGGUUUGUAGAAAUGAUUCAGCGGCAGAGAUUCACACGGAUGAUUUUUAAAAGGAAAACGCCAACGUAGCUCCAAACUAAUUGCAAUUAAAAAAUGUUCUAGCUACUCCGCUAGCUUGUCUUACACCAAGCGGCUAAUCGUAAACAUUAUUUUAAGUUAAUAACAGUAGCUACGCAUUACAUCUAUCAAAUAAACUGAUUAGCUAGCUGAAGUCCGUAAUCUGGUCCUGAUCCCGAAACGUCUAUUUUGUACACAAUGGCAUUGAGGAGGACAUGUGUAAAUCUGAGCGUUUAGAAAGGUAGUCAUUAUAGCUUUAACAAGCUCCGAAUCGAUGCAUGAGAAUUUAUCGUGAGCUUGGUACUUAAUUGGCUCGUUAAUAAGUUAAGACGUAUCGCAAAUUAACGAGAUUUUGUGUGUUUACGGAGGGACGGAAGUGGACGCGCGUCUAAUCGGCAAAAUGCUCCUGAAGAGCAUCUGUUUUCUGAUUUGUGCUGGGAGACGUCGUGGCCCCGCCCCGUUUUUGUAUAUGAUAUUAUUAUAUUAGCGCAAUCUUAGCGGAACGGUUGAAUGUUUACAGACUCGGAGAUGAGAUUCUCUCCGUCUGGGUAGAAAAAGGAAACUUUAUUUCCGUCGUUGUAGUUUGUUGGAGGUUUUGUUUUCAUGAGCGCAGGUUCUCGCUCGUGGGAAGGUUGCGACACACUGCCUACCUGUUUCUCCCUGUGCGAUACACACACACACGGAACACCAGGCUGACGUUGGGUUGUUUCUGACAUUUGAUUGACGGGUCGCUUGCUGCUACAUUUUUCCCCACGUCUCAUUGUUUUGUUUUGUUUUUUCGCUUGUUCUCGCUUUCCUGCUUGUUUCCUUGUGAAAAAACUGAGAACAUUUAUUUCAGUAAUGCAGCCACAUACAGAGUCAUGGUACAAAAACUCAAUCAGCACUCAAUCAGCACUUACGUAAAUCCCCAUAGAAAGGUUCCUGGCUUCCUGAAAUGGCAUUUAAGAUCCUGAAGAAGUUCCUCUUAUGAAACAUGGCUAAACAAACUAGCUUCGCUGGGCACUGUAUCUCAGGCUAUAAGAUUUAUACACCUGUACACAUGCAAUUUGCACCACACUAAUAGGUUCUUACAAAGAUUCCUGGAAUUCAAAUAAGGUCAAGAACUUAAAAAAAAAAAAAAAAAAAGUUCUAUGUUUGCUGUCUUUUGCUACGACGCUAUAAUGCUACAACGCUGCACGGUUAACGCCUGAUAUUAGCAUGACCGCGUCUGAGGUAACUUUUUUCCUGCCUCUUCUGAGGCACUGAUUUAUUUUGUUGACUCGCAGCAAGCCAUCGCGCCUCAAAUGUCCAGAAACGACCUUUUGCUUGUUGAUACAAAUUGUAUCUAUUUCUUGAUUGUAAAAAAAAUUGAGCUGUACAGUAUUAACAUAUAUACAUAUAUAUACAUAUAUAGAGUUAUAUAUCUAUACAAAUAGCUUAGUUUUAUUCAAAAGAUAUAAAAAAUUACCGUCAUUAAUGCCAUAAUGUUAGUGACACUAUGUGUCACUGGUGUAGCCCUUACAGAAGGCUUGUUUCCUGCUGGGCAAGACAUCUAUAGACCAGGAUCUCUAUCUCUCUCUCUCAUUUACUCAUUCUAUCUAUCCAUCUAACACACAUUUACUCAUUCUCAAAGAGGGUAUAUGAUUGUAAGUGGGCGUGGCCAGUAAAAUAAGGGUGUGGUCGUCGUUAAUUUAAUCUAAACUGAUAAUUGCUGCUUUUUUUUUCCAAUACGUCUGGAGGAGAAGAGACACGCCCACUUACACAUGUUCUGACACAUCAAGCCGACCUGGAGAACCAGACCAAGAACCAGCGCAUGAAUCAGUACCUGCAGUGCUGUGGAGGUCUGAUAGAUUAGUUCCUGCCUCCUGGGAAAUUCCUAAAAUUGGAACCAAAAUUGAAAAAUGGUUCGUAAAGUUGUUGCGAGGCGCUCAACAAGGCUCCAGGUGUUUUUUUUUUUCGUUUUUUUUAAAAGGUCUUGUGAUCCUUAGAAGGUUCCUGAACACUUAGAGGUUAAAUGUUUUUGAGUUCCUGAAAAGUUUCACAUCUUCAAAGUUAAUGGGUUCCUGGAAUAGUUCCUGAAUUAAAAGGCAAUGAGAGAGAGUUCCUGGGGAUAAUGAGAGUGUUUCAGGAUAAUUAUAACAUUUAGAUUUAGAGUUUUACUGAAAUGACUGUCCAGAACCAUCACACUGGGACACACACACACACACACACACACACACACACACACACACACACACACACACACACACACACACAGGAAUAAUCUCCGGUCCUGUCGGCUCGGUGUGACAGAACCCAAAGAGCUGUUCUUACAUAAGUACAGGAAGUCACCUGAUUACAUCAUAGAUAGAUAAUGAGAUCUAUCUAUCUAUCUAUCUAUCUAUCUAUCUAUCUAUCUAUCUAUCUAUCUAUCUAUCUAUCUAUCUAUCUAUCUCUCUGAUGUAUGGAUCGGGGGGGUAACGCUCACACACACUCACACACACACACGUGUAUAUACAUAAAAAUAAAUAUAUAUAAAUAUUUUUAUUUCUGUAAAUAAACCACUUAGAUUUGCACAGUAUUAGUGCUUUUUACAAGCAUGCACGCACACACACACACACACACACACACACACACACACACACAGGUCGCCUUGCUAACCCCAGCUAGCUCGGGUUUCUGUGUGUAAUAAAUAUGAAUGAAUUGUUCUGGACUUUUUUACGUGAACUGAAACGUGGAUUCGUGACGAAUUCAAAUAUUUCCUGUCUUUUUUUUUCAUUUUUUAUUAAAACAUCCCCUCCCCCUACAAGUGCAUUAUGGGUAAUGUUUUGGCUGUGAAAUGGUAAAAAAAAAUCACAAUAGUGCACUAUGUAGUGAGUAGGAUGUGGUUUAGGAUGGGAGCGUUACCAUGGCAACGUGCGAGACGAGCUCUGAGAGCAAAGUGUUUAUGACUAGUGAUUUGGAACAGAACCCAAAUGAAGACCAUACACACAGAUAAACAUGUUUUGUGUUGUAUUGACGCAAACACACACACACACACACACACACACACACACACACACACACACACACACA